CUCUUGGGCUUUGCACGGAAUCGGAAUCCGACUGCUAGGGUUACUGAAAUCGGUGAAGGCUUUACGCCUGCAAACUCAAAAAUGAGCUCCUUCUCCAUCACGCGGAAGAAGACUCCGUUCCAAAAGCACAGAGAAGACGAAGAGGCCAAGAAGAAGAGAGCUGAGGAUGAAACGGCUCGGUUAUAUGCAGAGUUCGUGGAGUCGUUUCAAGGGGAUAGUGCAGGUGGCUCUAGGACAUUUGUGCGCGGAGGAACCAUCAAUCCCAAUGAGAGGGUUAAGACUGAUUCCCCCCAAGGUGAAAAGUCCAAAGAUGGGGUUUCUGUUCCAAAGAAGGGGAGUAGGUAUGUGCCUUCUUUCUUACCACCUCCUUUGGCAUCCAAAGGGAAAGAAUCUGAUAAGAAGAGGGAGGAGGAAAAGCCGAAGGAGAAAGAAAAGGGGAAGUCUCGAAACAUAGAUCACUUUAUGGAGGAGCUGAAGCACGAGCAGGAAAUGCGAGAGAGGCGAAAUCAAGAGCGUGAUGGGCGGCCGAACGAUAAUUCUCUGGCCUCUAGUCGUUUUGAUGAAAUGCCUGAUGAAUUCGAUCCAAGUGGAAAACUUCUCGGAUCAUUUGAUGAUGGCGAUCCACAAACUACUAAUCUAUAUGUUGGAAAUCUGUCACCAAAGGUUGAUGAAAAUUUUCUUUUACGAACUUUUGGAAGAUUUGGGCCUAUUGCCAGCGUGAAAAUAAUGUGGCCUAGGACUGAAGAGGAACGGCGGCGUCAAAGGAAUUGUGGCUUUGUAGCUUUCAUGAAUAGAGCUGACGGACAGGCAGCAAAGGAUGAAAUGCAAGGGGUGGUCGUUUAUGAAUAUGAGUUGAAGAUUGGUUGGGGAAAGUCUGUAGCUCUCCCAUCACAAGCGUUACCUGCACCCCCUCCAGGACAUAUGGCUAUCAGGAGUAAGGAGGGUGCCACAGUAAUUUUGUCUGGCCCAUCAGGCCCACCUGUCACUUCUGUUCCUAGUCAGAAUUCUGAACUGGUUCUUACCCCUAAUGUUCCUGAUAUAACGGUGGCUCCACCAGAAGAUGAUCACCUUCGACAUGUUAUUGAUAUAAUGGCUUUGUAUGUUCUGGAUGGUGGAUGUGCAUUUGAACAAGCUAUUAUGGAGAGAGGCAGAGGAAAUCCUCUUUUCCAUUUCUUGUUUGAACUUGGAUCAAAAGAGCAUACUUACUAUGUUUGGAGGCUUUAUUCAUUUGCUCAGGGCGAUACGCUGCAGAGAUGGCGAACUGAACCUUUCAUUAUGAUUACUGGAAGUGGAAGAUGGAUUCCGCCAUCUCUUCCAACAUUAAAAAGCCCUGAGCACGAACAGGAGUCUAGUAACACUUAUGCUGCAGGGAGAAGCAGGCGUGUGGAGUCAGAACGAACACUCACUGAUCCGCAAAGGGAUGAGUUUGAGGAUAUGUUGCGUGCAUUAACUUUAGAGAGAAGUCAGAUAAAGGAUGCUAUGGGGUUUGCAUUGGAUAAUGCUGAUGCUGCUGGGGAGAUAGUUGAGGUUCUGACAGAAUCUUUGACUCUUAAGGAGACCCCUAUCCCGACCAAAGUUGCUAGACUCAUGCUUGUCUCUGAUGUGCUUCAUAAUAGCAGCGCUCCCGUAAAAAAUGCAUCUGCAUACCGCACCAAAUUUGAAGCAACACUACCAGACAUAAUGGAGAGCUUUAAUGAUUUGUAUCGUAGCAUUACAGGAAGGAUCACUGCUGAGGCCCUUAAGGAAAGAGUUCUGAAAGUAUUGCAAGUAUGGUCAGACUGGUUUCUUUUUUCUGAUGCGUAUGUCAAUGGAUUGCGGGCAACUUUUCUUCGGUCUGGGAACUCUGGUGUGGUUCCCUUUCACUCUGUUUGUGGUGAUGCACCUGAUGUAGAUAAAAAGGCUACUUCUGAAGAUGUUGGUGAUGCUAAAACUAACCAAGAUGCUGCUUUGGCCAUGGGCAAAGGAGCAGCUACAAGAGAGUUGCUGAACCUUCCCAUGGCUGAAUUAGAAAGGCGCUGCAGACAUAAUGGAUUGUCUCUUGUUGGUGGUCGAGAAUUGAUGGUUGCACGAUUGCUUAGUUUGGAAGAGGCAGAAAAACAGAGGGGCUAUGAACUAGAUGAUGACUUGAAAUAUGCACAGAACCAUUCAAGUUCAGCUAGACAUUCUAGUAGUCGUAAAGAAAUGAAUAUUGAACCAGAUCCAUUGGGACCGUCUGGAUGGAAUAGUUAUGGAGAGGAUGAGAUACCAUAUCAAGGGAAAGGGUUUUUAUCUAAGGCCCAGACCCAGGCCAAUCCACAACCUGAACUAAAACUUUUAACUAAGAAAGAGAAAAGUGAUCAUGUUUUACCAGCCUCUAAAUGGGCCCGAGAGGACGAUGACAGUGAUGAUGACCAAAAGCGAAGUGCCAAGGGUCUUGGAUUAAGCUACUCGUCUUCAGGAAGUGAAAAUGCAGGUGAUUGUCCAAGUAAAGCUGAUGAGAUGGAGGUUGCAGCUGAUGCAAGAACUCCAGCACAGACUGAUAGUGGAUUGAGUGAAGAACAGAGGCAAAAGUUGAGACGUUUGGAAGUUGCUCUGAUAGAAUAUCGUGAAUCUCUUGAGGAGCAGGGAAUCAAAAUUCCUGAAGAAAUUGAGAGGAAGGUUGCAUUACAUCGCAAACGGCUUGAAUCGGAGUAUGGAUUAUCCGAUUCUAGCGAAGAUGCUUCUGGGCAUAAGAGGACUUCGUCUGAAAGGAAGGAUAGAAGGAAUGAUGAUUCUCGUGAUGCUUCAAGAAAGCGGCACCGUAGUGGAAGCCAAAGUGAUAGCCCGUUGCAGAAAUCAUCUAGCAGAGAUCGGGAUAGGGAAUCUGACUUGGAUAAUCGAGAAAGACAGCGUGAUAGAGACAAAGAUAGAGCCCAUGAUUUUGAAGGUGACAGAGAGAGGGAUUGGGACAGGGAGAAGAGUGGAAGUAGAGACAGGGAUGACCAUGAUAGAGAUAGAGGAAGAGACAGGGAUAGGAGAAGGAGAAUGAAAUGAUCUAUCCUUUUCCGUUGGGGACUCUCGAGGUAUUCUUGGAAGAUUUGUGUAUGGUUCACUUGAAAGAAAACCCAUGUCUGGUGUACCUACAUGAACUGACAUCCAGGUCUAAGAUGGAGCGAAGCCAGGGUCUUCCUCUCCCAGAAGAUUUCUUGGUAGGUCGUGAGGUGACUAGUUACUGAUGGCCCCUGGAAGACCGAACCUGGCAAUUGUUAAACCAAUAUUUGUUGCCAAAUAUAGUAUUUCAUCUAAAGAUUUCACGUAUCUCAGUUGUGUUAAGGAGAGUAAGCUGUUUGAUUUGCUGCUUUGUAAUGCAAUAUUUUUGUUUUGGUCUGGUGGAGAAGUGAUUAGAUAGUUUGGACCUUUGUAUGCCUUGGGCAAUUACGCUGUUGUAUAGGAAUGUCCAGAAUGCCCAGUGUAGGAUUCGCAUGGGCUUGAAAUUAUGUCUUUUGGUUAGGCGCUUGGAUUUUGUUUCAUGUC